AUGAGGGCCUGGAGGCUGGAAAGCAGCCCUGCGGGAGGAGACUUGGGAGUGGUUAUGGCACCAAGGCUGUCAGAGUUCAAGGAGUGUCUGGACGAUGUUCUUAGUCGUGAUUUUGGUGACUUCAGCUUAGAAGAUGCAUUGGAAGAAACUACAAAGAAGCCUCUUCCAUCUAAGAAGCCACCACCAUCAGAUGACGAUGAGUUCAACUUAGAACAUGCUCUUCAUCCUGAUGACCCUAAGCCAGGUGCACCCACAAAACCCAAAGACGCUGAUAAACCCAAGCCAGAUUUGCCCGUUAAAGACACUGGCAACUUGGAUGAUUCAGAUCUAUACGAUGGCAGUUCACGAAAAGGAGGUGCUGAUGGUAGUGGCAGCAAUGAACGAAAGGGCUCAAGUCCAGAUAAUGUUGAGGUCACUGACUCUUCUCAGGGAGCAAUAGCUGGAAUUGUAAGUGCUGUCGCUGCUACUGUAAUUGGAGCAGUAUCUAGUUUCAUUGCUUACCAGAAGAAGAAACUCUGUUUCAAACAAAGCGUUCAGCGCACACUUCUGGAGAACUAA